AGAGGGGUGUGCUUUUACCAGAUCCCGGCCGAGACGGACAUUAUCUACGAUGCGGUCCAAGGCACUCCGCACUGGAAUGCCGAGGAAAUCGGGUUCUUCACACCCAAUCCUGCCGCGGAAACACAUAGGUUCAACUUAUCACGAGAAUGUGCAGGUGUUAGCCAGCUCAGAGCCCAAGUCCCGCUGAAGACAGAAGCAGGGGUAAGAGCCAAUAUCCAGAGUUGCCUACGAGAAGCUGCCCAGGAGUGGUACAUGAUCGAGCUCUCAGACCUCGAACGAAAAACGCUACGCAUAUACCCACUAGAAGACGACGACGGAUGGUUCAAAGAACUAGAGAACUGGUUCAAACAACGCGCAUCUUCAGCACUCAAGCAGUUGCUCAGCGUCUCGCGUGGGUAG